AUAUAGAUUUAUUUUAUAUCAAUGAAGGUUCUCCAAAAUAAACUCUUCUAGAACAUGUAGUAGUUUUGUAAAAUUUUAAGAAUAAUUUAUUUUAUUAACAAAAGGUCCAAAGGCCAAAGAGAGAAGAGUCCAUGGAGAUGAAAUCUUCGAGGCUUGCAUUUGACAUUGGGUUUAACAAAUGGAUAUAUUCUUGACCAGUGAAUUUUUUUUUGACAACAUGGAAGUUAAAGAAAAUAUGUGCUAAUUCGUCAACAAUGUGCGAAUCAUCGCCUGGAUUACGUCACAGAAUGGAUACGUUGAAAUGACAUUUAGUCAUAUUAAAUAUUACAUAGAAACGGAUUUACGUGAUAAUAUCAAAGUUUUACUGCCGCCUUGCUACCAAUUAAGAAAUAUUUCACUCUUUGGUAUUCAGCUGACUUUUGUGAUGUCACGUGUCUGGUUUCUAGAAGUCUUACUGAUAACAACUCAGUAUCAUAAUAUGCUUAUGAAUGAAAGAGGAUGACGUUUUUCUACAGCAAAUUCGAUAUUGAGGGAGAGUCGUAUCGAGGGGACAUCUCAAAAUGGCCAUAUAAUCACUGUACUCAUCUACAAUUUAAACUGAAGUAUGAGAAGAAAAUACAGCACAUAUUUGGAUUAAUCAUUCAAUAUCAGAUAGAUCGUCUGCGUCAGACGCAGUAUCGACCGUCUAAUGAGCUUCACACAGCAGCCAUUGACAUCAAGUAACUCUAACCAACCAUGCAGAAUAUUAACAGACAGCCAAUCAGAAUCGCCGUUACAUCUAUACCAAUUACCUGGAAUGUGUAUUGAAAUGUGGUGACGUACGAAUUGAUGCUGUGUGACGUCACUGGUUGUUCCCCAAGACCUUGUUACGAUGAUGUUGAAAUAUAUACACACGAUGGCCCAGUUUUCAUUGAUGUUUGAGUUAGAUUGCGAACUAUUCGGAUGCAUGGAGUACUUCGUAUAUGAGGGACUAGUAUUGCUUUAUAAAACAAUCUGGAUUAUUACAAAGGAUAUAGUGGAGUGUCACAAAUUGAUUAUACAUUGGAUAAUUCUCAGCAAAAUAUUCAAGAUUCAUCACAGAGAGUUCCAGCCUCUCCAAGACGCCAUUCAUUAAGUGUGACAUCUUCCUCUCAACAAUCACCAUCAACAACCACCAUUACAUCAUCAACGGAACAAAUGUUACUUUUACAGCCACAGGCUGCCUUCACAUCUCAAGCCAGUUUUCUGGGAGAUUUGCCUGCACCGUUUGCUUCGUGCGGCACCCAGUCAGGUAGUGCGGACAUCGGAAUAUUUCCAUCAUCUGCAGGAUUUCAAGGAACAAUGCCUUCGGAUACAUCAUACGCAUCAGAAGAUAUUCCUUCUGAUAUUUUUCAGGGCGGCUUUGAUUCAUCUGCUUUUCAAAACAUACAACAAGGUUAUCCAGAAACCUACAGUUACGAAGGAGCAUUCAUGGUAGAUAAAGAGUCAGCUAAACAGCUAGGAGCUAUGUAUUCACAGGAAAAUCAAAGUUUCCCAGGAUCUCAACCAAAGUAUACCGAUUCCAUGAUGUCUUACGAAGGCAGUUUUCAAGCAUUUCCGGCACAGGACUGUGACUUAUUACCACAAAGAUACAUCAGUGACACUAAACAAAAAUUCACGUAUCCAUCACCUCAUGAACUGUUCCAAGCACCUCAUAUUGGAUAUUCCGAAAUCGAUCAAAAACAUCCGCCAUUCAGUUCUCAUCAAAGUUUUAGUGAUGCUUCAAACAUUUUCUGCAGAGACAGAAGCAGUUUUCCUAGUUACGGUCAGGGUUUCUAUGACAACCGAAGUUUACCUCACACGGAGACUGACAGGACUCAUUAUCGUCCUGGAGAUUUAAAUGUAGUACGUCAGGGAUUCUCCCGUAGACCGCCUCUUACAAUUCCAAUGCCUCCUGGUACCCCAGAAGGAAUGGACGUGCAGAAAUUUCAUAUCAAAUCACCAGCUACCCCUUCCACACCAAGUUCUACAAGGUCUUCCCCUGGGAGAGAACAACCACAGAAGGAGAGUCUACUAUGCGCAGUUUGUGGCGACAAUGCUGCUUGUCAACAUUACGGAGUCAGAACCUGUGAGGGAUGCAAGGGAUUUUUCAAGAGAACAGUACAGAAAAAUGCCAAGUACGUGUGUCUGGCCGAUAAAAAUUGUCCAGUAGACAAGCGAAGACGGAAUAGAUGCCAGUUUUGCAGAUUCCAAAAAUGUCUGGUUGUUGGCAUGGUCAAAGAAGUUGUGAGAACAGACAGUUUAAAAGGCAGACGUGGUCGGCUUCCAUCAAAGCCAAAAAGUCCACAAGAAUCACCACCUUCACCCCCAGUCAGCCUCAUUACUGCUUUAGUCCGAGCACAUGUAGACUCUUCCCCAGACAUUCCAAAUCUGGACUACAGUAAGUUUGAAGUGCCUUCCGGUUCAACAAGCCCAACCUCACAUGAAGAAAAAAUCAGGCUUUUCUAUGAUAUUAUCCUCACCUCCAUGGAUAUACUGAAAGCAUGGGCAGAAAAAAUCCCGGGCUUUUGUGACCUGUGCAAAGAAGAUCAAGAUCUCCUUUUCAAAUCAGCAUCAUUAGAACUCUUUGUUUUGCGGAUAGCAUACAGAGUUCAUCCUAAUGAUGACCAGAUAAUUUUUGACAAUGGCCAGGUAUUCCACAGAGACGAGAUCAGAAGUAUAUUUGGAGAAUGGAUAGAUUCCAUUGUAGACUUUGGGCUGUCUCUCCACAGAAACAACCUAGACAUUUCAUCACUUGCUUGUAUGGCAGCUCUAACUCUUGUCACAACACGGCAUGGAGUCAAAGAUCAAAAGAAAAUGGAAGAUUUACAAAUGAAAAUCAUAGACUGUUUGCGUGAUCACUGUACAUAUAAUAGUGACGCACAGAAGAAGCCACAUUUAUUUUCCUACAUUCUCAGUACGGAAGCAGAACUUAGAACAUUAAGCCGAGAAGGGCUUCAACGAAUGUUGUUUUUUAAACUGGAAGACAUUUUUCAGGCCCCACCUAUCAUUGAAGAUACUUAUUUAUCAAGUGCACUACCAUUUUAAAUUUGCAUUCAUGACGUCAUUCACUAUGGAUAAGAAUGACGUGGAUAUUAGUAUUGACAUUUGAAUUGAUAUUUUUUUUUAUUAUAAAACAUUAUAUGUCUGUGAAAAAAAAGAUAUCUAUAUGUUUAUUUUCUAAUUUAUAUUGCAAAAAUAUGACACACAUUCUAGAUUUCUUGUACAUGGAUGGACUAA